AUGCUGCGGCCGGAAACGUGGUUUCUGAACAGUGAGGCAGCCAUUCUUUGUUUUGUCUCUUACCGUGGGGAUCCGCGCAUGAGUACAUGGAAGCUCUUCAGACGCUCUUUGCUCGUCACGCCCGUUCUCUUGCCAGGCCUUUUUGCUCACAUGGUUCUAGAGUCCUCUGAUUUAGGAGACGCAGCCAUGAAGAUGAUGAGAGUGAAAGUCAUCUUGCUCCUGGCUGCAACUGCCCAAGGCAGCUUUUCCGGCGAGAUGGAGUGCCCUUGUAUUACAAGUAGCUCUGCUCUAUAUGCAGGCUUGACAAGUGAUCUGGUGGCUUCAGGGCUGCCAAUGAGUUAUGGCACGCAAGGAUGCGAAGCUUAUGACAAUGAAACCAACUAUACCACGAAUUGCCUGAAGAACUCGGAAGAGUACUGUUUGCAUCAGUGGUGCUACGUCGAUAUGACGAUGUGCCCGAAAGACAAGCAACUUUGCGAGGCUGCUGGGGGCAAGCUCGGCAGCGACGUCUCUCCCUACUGCCGUACCCGGCCCAACACCAUGUCCAGCCUCUACGAUGCCACACUACCGUACUUCUACAGCUACGAGACCUGCGGCUUCAAGAACAAGUACAACAAGACAAAACUCUACGAGCCCAUCGUCGACCAUGUCAUGAAAGUGCAGUUGCUCGAGUCCAGCCCAUGGCUCUUCAAGCGCGAAGACGGGACGACUUGGAGCGGGCCACUCUAUGAUUUCUUCACAGAGUCGCUGAAGCACUUUGCUCCAGCCCCUGCAUUGAAUCAUGAAACAGGCAGAAACCGCUCAGAUGGCACGGGCGCAUACCCGGCCUGUGUUGAUGAUGUUGCUGUUGGGAACGUUGACGUCUGUGUGGCGGAUCUCUGGGUCCUUCCAGAACGCUAUGCGCUGGUCUUCUUUCUUCCAGCCUUGAGAUAUGACCUCUUCUACCUAGUCGUGGAAAAGAAAGGGCUCGAAAACGUGAGCUUUCUCACUCGUUUGCAAAGGCCCUUUGUGCCCUUUACCCUUGGGGGCUGGAUGGCCAUACUUGCCUUUCUGUGCGGCUUUGCAACAGUCCUUUGGCUCAUACGGCUCGUUGAGAAAGCAAACGAAGCUCACGCAGCUCCCGAGGAGGAAAAAGCGAUCAAGGCGAAGAGCCAUUGUUUCGGCAUCUUCGGCAAAGGCGGACGAAGAGGUGAAGCAUUCACAGACUAUGGAAACACAUGCUUUGAAGUGUGGAAUCACUUCUUCAGCCAGGGAAUGGUCUACGAAGACCCCGACCAUCCGCCGGCAUACAGGCUGAUGAGCCUCGCUUUUGUCUUCUUUAGCCUUGUGACGCUGGCAACCUACACGGCAAGCUUGGCAACGUUCCUCAUCGUCGAGAAGAGCCCCGUUGGUGGAGUCGCCAAUAUCCAAGAAGCCAUCCAAAACGACUUUGACAUUUGCGUGCCAACGGCUUUGAAGCCAUUGUUUUCGCAACUAUACAGUAAAGGGACCUUUGUUGAGUGCAGCCAGAUCGAAGACUGUCCCAAGCUCAUGCAUGCGGGCAACUGCAAGGCCAUGAUCUUGUCGCAGCAGGUCAUUGACCGUCUGCAUGCCGGGGAGAUCAAAGAAGAUGAUGAAGACAUUGGGCGUGAUGACUGCAAAUUCUUGCGUGUUGGGGAUGUCCCUCUUUGGAGCAUUCCAAUUGCAUUCCCGGUCGCAAGCAGCAUGGCGCACGGUCUGUCAUGGUCUUUCACACAAAGCCUGGCAACUGGAGUUAUGGAGGAGAUGAAGCUUAAGCACAGUAGGAACUUUCCGGAAAACACAUGCCAGGCAUCUAGCGAAACCGAGCAACAGGCCUUGAGCUUUUGGGAUCUCAGCGGCACAAUCUUCGUCACCAUGAUUCUCAUGGGGCUGGCUGCCCUCCGCCUUGUGUUGCGAACAUGCUGCUGUUCUUCAGGCCUUGCAAGGCGCCCGAAGGAAUCGAAGUUGGAGGACAGUGAAAUUAAACGGCCGGCGGCAGCUUGGCAAGGCCCCUUGCCAUGCUCAGAGCCCCAUGCCAUGAUCCCUUGA